AUGGCUGCCUCCUCCACCUCUCGCCUGAACCCCGCUGCCCCUUCAUUCGUCUCCUCUUCCACGCAUCUCUGCUCCCCGCCUCCUUUCGGCCUGCCCAUGGGCUGCCUCCUCCCACCGCCACCGCCGCCGCCGUGCUCCCUCGUCGGCGGGAUCGCUCCGAUGGGUCCUUCCGUGUUCCCGACCUUGCCAUGGCUGCAUGUCCCCGCUCCGGCGCAGGUGUUCUGCAGCCCACCCGCAUGCGUGGUACCUGUGUGUCCCAGCACGGUGCCGGCCUACUGCACACCUCCGCCGCAACCGCCCCUACCGGCGAGACGCUGCACCAUCAAGGAGAUUGCCGACGACGGCAGCGACGAGUCGCCCAAGGCGGAGAUGGAAGGCGAACCAUCCCCUCGCUCAGUCCUCACCGCUUGGAAGCCGGAGGCUGCCGCGUCGAAGCGCCAGAAGCCGGCGAAGGUGGUGCAUCCGGGGCCGAAGCUGAGGGCGGCGGUUCCGCAGCUCCCACACCUGCCUCGCGGGGUCGUGGGCAGCAAACCGGCCUUCAACCCACGGAGCGGCAAGACUUCUCUCAUGAUCUGCAACAUCCCCAACUACUUCUCGAAGCGCAGGUUGAUGGAGAUCCUCGACCAGCAUUGCGCCGAGGAGAACGAUAAGCUGGCCCAGCGCCGAAGCCGCCCCGUCUUGAGGUCGGAGUACGACUUCCUCUACCUCCCAGUCGACUUCAGGACAAGGUUCAACAAAGGCUACGCCUUCGUCAACAUGACGACGGCGCCGGCGGCGCGCCGGCUGCACGCGUUCCUCCACGGCCACAGCUGGGCCGCCGUCGGCUCCGGGAAGGUGUGCGAGGUGGUGCACGCCAAGCUCCAGGGUGUGGACGCGUUCGCGGCGCACUUCUCCGGCUCCAUGUUCCCCUGCGGCGAUGACAGGAAGGAGUUCCUGCCGGUGCGCUUCGGCCCGCCGCGAGACGGCACGCGGCCUACGGCGGAGCGCAUUAUCGGCACUGCAGUUCGUCCGCACAACCUGCGCUGA